CUUCACGAGAGACGGAUGUUGCUGUCGUUUCGUUCCUGUUUUGCCUUAGGUUUUGGGAUGAAUUCAAGAUCUAUAUUGUGUCCGUUUGGAGGUUUCAAUCUUCUGUGGAAUUAGGACUCGAGUGCUGUAAUCCAAGCUGGGAGGAUGGGAGCAGCAGGACAAAGGCGAGGACUCUGUCUCUGCGUCAUAUUGGUUUGUUUGGAGCAGGUUGCAGCACAGAUCAAAUAUUCCAUCGCGGAGGAAGUCAAAGUGGGAACCGUGGUGGGAAACGUGGCCAGGGAUCUGGGACUGGACGUGGGCUCGUUGGCGGAGAGACGUUUUCGCAUUGUUUCGGGCUCAGAGGGGGCUCAGUUUGAGGUAAAUGCAAACAAUGGCGUUCUCUUUGUGCGGAAAAGCGUCGACCGAGAGGAGCUCUGUGAGGGCGUCUCGCCGUGUUUAGUGAGGCUGAAAUUAGUCGCAGAGAAUCCCAUGGAAAUACAUCAUGUGGGCGUAGAAAUUUUGGAUAUUAAUGACAAUUCGCCCACUUUUCAAGAGGAAGAGAAUAUUUUUGAAAUAUAUGAGUCCGCUCUUUCUGGAAAACGCUUCCAAUUACCAAUCGCACAUGAUCCAGAUGGUGUUGUCAAUACGGUGCGUGCGUACAAAUUAAACACGAAUGAAUAUUUUAAUAUACAAAUUCGAGAGCGAGGCGAUGAUAAGAUACCCUUUUUAAUUUUACUAAAGUCUCUGGACAGAGAAAAACAUGCUGAGCACAGACUUGUUCUCACUGCAGUUGACGGUGGAAAUCCACCAAGAUCUGGAAGUCUUAAUGUCACCGUUAUUGUGCUUGACUCUAAUGAUAACCUUCCAAUAUUCACACAAGAAGUAUAUUCCAUCACUUUACCUGAAAAUGUCAAAUUGGGCACAAGCGUUAUCAAGGUGGAAGCAACUGACCAGGACGAAGGUUUAAACGGCGAAGUUGAAUAUUAUUUUCGUGGAGAACUUGACUCUGAAAUCUAUGAAAUGUUUAGUUUGGAUAAAAACACGGGUGAAAUAAGAGUCAAAGGCCAAAUUGAUUUUGAGAAGGUUGACGUUUACAAAUUAGACGUCCAUGCUACCGAUAAAGGACAACCUCCUUCGACAACCGAUUGCAGGGUGAUCAUUAAAAUCGUUGACGAAAAUGACAACCGGCCCGAAAUCGACGUAACUUCUUUGUCAAAAACCGUAGCGGAAGAUUCCAAACCUGGGACUGUCGUUUCUCUUAUAAGCAUCACAGACAAAGACGUCGGACUGAACGGCAAAGUCAUAUGUAGUCUUUCACAAAAUGUCCCAUUCGAACUAAAACCUUCCUUUCAGGAUAACAUGUACUCGUUGGUUCUGAAAGACAGACUGGAUCGAGAAUUCGUGUCGGAUUAUGACAUCACAAUCACAGCGACAGACUGCGGUCAACCUCCUCUGUCCACUUUUCAAAUUCUGCACGUGGACGUGUCAGACGUUAACGAUAAUAUUCCAACAUUCUCGCACGAUCCAAUCCAACUUUAUUUGCCGGAAAAUAACGUGCCGGGGAACUCCAUCUUUUCCGUCACCGCAUUCGAUAAAGACCUGAAUGAAAACGCAGCGCUGACGUAUCACAUUAAGAGAGGACAAGGAAGUCAAGUGGACAUGUCAACAUUUUUAAGCAUCAACCCUGAGAACGGCGACAUAUCGGCGCUGAAGAGUUUUGACUUUGAGACGCUGAAAAGCUUCCAGUUCCAGGUGUCGGCCACCGACGGCGGAAGUCCUCCGCUGAGCGGCAACGUGACGGUCAAGGUGUUCAUUCUGGAUCAGAACGACAACGCUCCGGUCAUCCUGUAUCCGCUCAGCUCCAACGGUUCCGCCCGAGGCGCGGAGGAGAUUCCCCGCAAUGCCAAAGCGGGAGACUCGGUGACUAAAGUCCGAGCCUACGACGCCGAUACGGGAUAUAACGGCUGGCUACUCUUUUCGCUGCGGCCGCUCGGCGAGCGCGCUCUCUUUUCUUUGGACCGCUAUACGGGCCAGAUCAGAACACUUCGCCCGUUCACGGAGACGGACGAGGCCGAGCAUCGACUGCUCGUACUGGUCAAAGACAACGGCGACGUUUCGCUCUCGGCGACGGCUACCGUGACCGUCAAACUGGCGGAGCCCAAAGAGGCUUUGGCGGCUUCCGACCAUGCGGGAAGCGCGGCCGAAGAGGACGAGCGCGAGGACCGGGUGACUUUUUAUCUGGCGCUGACUUUGGGCUCGGUCUCUCUGCUUUUGGUCAUCAGCGUGGUGGUGCUGAUCGCCAUGCGCUGCUCCAAAUCCUCAGAGUACACUUCCAAAUAUCUACAAGACGCUCAUUAUGACGGCACGCUGUGUCACAGCAUCCAGUACAGAUCGGGAGACAAACGCUACAUGUUAGUCGGACCCAGGAUGAGUGUUGCUUCCGCCGGCGCCCCGGGCAGCCACGCCGGCACGCUGGUUCUGCCCGACGCCAGACGUGCGGCCGCAGGGGAGGUAAGACAGAAAAAAAACUGUUUUACGAUAUUCUCUGAUGUUUCUUGUAUUUUAUCGGCAGAGCUUCACGUAAACACUGGCCAAUUAGCCAAAUGCCGGUGAAUUUCAGCAGUGGCUAGUAAGAUUGCUAGCCACUAGCCACUUUGGCAGGUGUCGUUUGAUGUGAACUACGGCAUGUGUCGUGCAGGCGACCUAGACGCAUUGUGGUUUUGAUGAUUUCUUCAUUUCAAAGGGCAAUGACAUGCAUUACCCACGAGACUGCACAAGUGAGGGACAACGAGGCAGGUCAUUAAUCACAAAAGGAAACUCAUGGUGCUUGAUAAACCAGCAGUUAGUGAACAAUAUUAAACUAAACAGGGCGGGGGAAACACACAUAAGGUCCUAAAAUAAUGCUUGGGAAUA